AUGUUCCGAUCAUCGAACUCCCUCCUCGCGGCCCUGCUCACCCUGAGCCUUCUCUUCAGCAGAGCCCAUGGACUUUUCAACAAGAAGAUUGUGAUCGGCUACGCAGCACUCACCAAGGACCAGGCCGAUGAUGUCGACGACGACGACAAGAUAAAGGCGGAGGGAACUCCAACCGGCAAUUACCUAGGACCUGGCCUCUACCUGGUGGACUCGCCUGACAGGUUGGCCCCAUCUCAAGGGAGUCUGUUCUGUGUCAUCCGAGCGGACGAGGAGAAGACCAUAGAAGCCAAGAAGGUCUACAUCCCUCAAUCCUACCAGAAGAAGACUCUCCGUGGUAAAACCGUGCAAGUGAACCUGUGGGGUAACGAGAGGGCCAUCGAGCACUACAUCAAGCACGAGGCCAAGAUUGACGACUCCAAUGACGCGCUGCGCUUCUCAUUGGUCGAGGACAAGGAGAAGGUGCAAAUGGUUGUCCCCAACCACGUGGUUGACGAUGGUGAAUUGAAGUUGCAGACCAGCUGCUUUGAGUCAGCAGAGCAGAUGAAGCAGUUUUCGUCGAUCGAUGUUAACUGGUCCGCUUGGGGUAUCCUCGACCCAACCACCAUGCCUUAA